AUGGUGUCCUAUUCUUCCAGAAUCUUCACCAGAACUUUCCCCAAGUCCACAGCGUUCGGCCUCACACGAACGCUUUCUCCCUUCUCCACCGGUUCUCGACUUAAUCAAAUUCGUUCCAUGUCGGAUUCUACCCAGUUCAAGAAAAUUCAGAUUCAGAGAGACGACAAUACAUUUGAUGCAUACGUUGUUGGCAAAGAAAAUGCCCCUGGCAUUGUUGUGCUUCAGGAGUGGUGGGGUGUUGAUUUCGAGGUCAAGAAUCACGCUUUGAAAAUUUCCCAGUUUGAUCCUGGCUAUAAAGCACUUAUACCUGACUUGUAUCGUGGAAAGGUUGGUUUAGAUGUUGCAGAAGCACAGCAUUUGAUGGAUGGUCUUGACUGGCAAGGUGCUGUGAAGGACAUUCAGGCUUCAGUUAACUGGCUCAAGGCUAAUGGUUCACAGAAGGUGGGUGUUACAGGAUUCUGCAUGGGUGGUGCUCUCGCCAUUGCAAGUUCUGUUUUGGUUCCUGGGGUUGACGCUGUUGCAGCCUUCUAUGGAGUUCCUUCAUCAGAGCUUGCAGAUCCUACCCAUGCUAAGGCACCUGUGCAGGCCCAGUUUGGGGAGCGUGAUAAUUUUGUAGGCUUUUCAGAUGUGAAGGUGGGUGUUACAGGAUUCUGCAUGGGUGGUGCUCUCGCCAUUGCAAGUUCUGUUUUGGUUCCUGGGGUUGACGCUGUUGCAGCCUUCUAUGGAGUUCCUUCAUCAGAGCUUGCAGAUCCUACCCAUGCUAAGGCACCUGUGCAGGCCCAGUUUGGGGAGCGUGAUAAUUUUGUAGGCUUUUCAGAUGUGAAGACUGCCAAAGCUUUCGAGGAAAAGCUGAAGGUAUCAGGGGUUCCUUAUGAGGUAUGCCUGUAUCCGGAGGCUGGACAUGCCUUUAUGAACAAAUCUCCUGAAGGUGUUAAGAGGAGAAAAGGUAUGGGAAUGGAUGACGUGGAUGACGCUGUGGUCGAGUUAGCAUGGUCUCGCUUCCGUUCAUGGAUGAGUCGCUUCUUAUCUUCUUAA